GAGGCGGUUCGCCUUGUCCCUCCUACCCGCCCCUCUUUCUCUCUCUUCCUCCAGCUGGUCCCAGAACCCUGCUGGGUCCGGUCCCUCUGCCCCCCUCCCGCAUUCUUCCACCUCCUCCGAGUCCCACUCCUCACCUAGGGCGCCCCGAACUGCCAUGGGUUAGGGUGGGGGCCGCGAGCCUCGCGAAGGACCAGCCCUGUGCAUCCGCCGGGGGGCGCGAAGCCCGAAAGACGCCAGUCGCUCGCGGGCGCCGGGCAUGGGGAGCGUGGUGUGAACCCGCACCCAGAGAGGACGCAGCGGCUGCGGAGACGGGCGCGAGGAGGAGGAGAGCGGUGGACUGCAAGGACCCGAGGGAGGAAGGGAGGGACAAGAGGGUGGGGAGCUAGGAAAAAGUGAAGCUGGGAGGAGAAGGCGGCGGAAGGUGGGGAUUGAUGCUUCUGUUUUUUGUUGCCGCUGCUGCCCUCGCGCUGGGAGCCGAGCCGGAGGGAAGGCGGUGGAGAGAUGAUUGCAGAGUUGGUGAGCAGCGCUCUGGGGCUCGCCUUGUAUCUCAACACCUUGAGUGCGGAUUUCUGCUAUGAUGACAGCCGUGCUAUCAAGACUAAUCAAGACCUUCUCCCCGAAACUCCAUGGACACACAUUUUCUACAAUGAUUUUUGGGGGACUCUUCUAACCCACAGCGGCAGCCACAAAUCCUACCGGCCCCUGUGCACUCUUUCUUUUCGCCUGAACCAUGCCGUCGGAGGCCUGAAUCCUUGGAGCUAUCACCUGGUCAAUGUCCUGCUGCACGCGGCCGUCACAGGUGUCUUCACGAGCUUCUCCAAGAUCCUCCUUGGGGAUGGAUACUGGACCUUCAUGGCCGGCUUGAUGUUUGCCUCUCACCCCAUUCACACGGAGGCAGUGGCGGGAAUCGUGGGCAGGGCUGACGUCGGGGCCAGUCUCUUCUUUCUCCUGUCCUUGCUGUGCUACAUGAAACACUGUUCUACGAGAGGCUACUCAGCCCGGACUUGGGGCUGGUUCCUGGGGACGGGGCUUUGCGCAGGCUGCAGCAUGCUGUGGAAGGAACAAGGAGUGACGGUGCUCGCCGUGUCCGCAGUUUAUGACGUCUUUGUCUUUCACAGGCUGAAAAUGAAACAGAUCUUACCUGCCAUCUAUAAAAGGAAGAACUUGUCUCUUUUCCUCAGCAUUAGUUUGUUAACUUUCUGGGGGACUUCCCUUUUGGGUGCCCGUUUGUACUGGAUGGGAAACAAACCACCAAGCUUUUCCAACUCUGACAACCCAGCUGCAGAUUCGGAUAGCCUGUUGGCUCGAACGCUCACUUUCUUCUACUUGCCAACCAAGAACCUGUGGCUGUUGCUAUGCCCAGACACACUCAGUUUUGAUUGGUCAAUGGAUGCUGUGCCUCUGCUCAAAACGGUUUGUGAUUGGAGAAACCUACACACUGUGGCCUUCUAUAUUGGACUCCUCCUCCUUGCCUACUAUGGCUUGAAGAGCCCAAGCGUGGAAAGAGAAUGCAAUGGGAAAUUUGUAACAAAUGGCAAGCAGAAUGCAAAUGGACAUAGCUGCCAUUCAGAUGUGGAGUACCGGAACUCAGAGAUUAAGCCCAGCUUUGCAUCCAAAGUAGAAAAUGGCAUUAAAAAUCAUGCAUCACAGAGAACACAACUUCCUUCUACGGAGAACAUUGUUGUUCUUUCUUUAUCUUUGCUAAUAAUACCCUUUGUUCCUGCCACGAACCUGUUUUUCUAUGUCGGCUUUGUAAUUGCAGAGCGAGUAUUGUAUAUUCCUAGUAUGGGCUUCUGCCUCCUCAUUACAGUGGGUGCCAGAGCCCUUUAUGUCAAGGUCCAAAAGCGGUUUCUCAAGAGCUUGAUUUUUUAUGCCACAGCUACGUUAAUUGUUUUCUAUGGACUCAAGACUGCGAUCAGGAAUGGAGACUGGCAGAAUGAGGAAAUGCUGUAUAGGUCAGGGAUAAAAGUUAACCCAGCUAAAGCAUGGGGUAACCUUGGAAAUGUUCUGAAGAGUCAGAGCAAAAUUUCUGAAGCUGAAAGCGCCUAUAGAAAUGCUUUGUACUACCGCAGCAACAUGGCUGACAUGCUUUAUAAUUUAGGGUUACUUCUACAGGAGAACAGCAGGUUUGCAGAAGCAUUACAUUAUUACAAAUUGGCGAUCGGAAGCCGGCCUACCCUGGCUUCUGCAUAUUUAAACACCGGUAUUAUUCUCAUGAACCAAGGAAAGACAGAAGAAGCUCGACGCACGUUCCUCAAGUGUUCUGAGAUCCCUGAUGAAAACCUAAAGGACCCUCAUGCACAUAAGAGCUCAGUUACCAGCUGUCUCUACAACCUGGGCAAACUCUAUCAUGAACAGGGACACUAUGAGGAUGCCCUUAGUGUAUACAAGGAAGCAAUUCAGAAAAUGCCAAGGCAGUUUGCUCCACAGAGCUUGUACAACAUGAUGGGUGAAGCAUACAUGCGAUUAAGCAAACUCCCUGAAGCAGAGCAUUGGUAUAUGGAAUCAUUGAGAGCCAAGACUGACCACAUCCCUGCUCACCUUACCUAUGGGAAACUGCUGGCUCUAACAGGUCGUAAGAGUGAGGCUGAAAAAUUCUUCUUGAAGGCUAUUGAGCUGGAUCCCACGAAAGGAAACUGUUACAUGCAUUAUGGUCAGUUUCUUCUGGAAGAAGCUCGCCUCAUAGAAGCAGCUGAGAUGGCAAAGAAAGCCGCUGAAUUGGACAGCACAGAGUUUGAUGUGGUCUUCAGUGCUGCGCACAUGCUCAGACAGGCUAGCCUCAAUGAAGCAGCCGAGAAGUAUUAUGAGCUGGCAGCCGGACUGAGACCUGAUUAUCCCGCAGCUCUGAUGAACCUGGGGGCUAUUCUCCAUCUCAAUGGCCGGCUACAAAAGGCUGAGGCCAACUACCUGCGGGCGCUGCAGCUCAAGCCAGAUGACGUCAUCACGCAGUCCAAUCUCCGCAAACUGUGGAAUAUCAUGGAGAAGCAAGGUUUAAAGACUUCCAAGACUUGACACUGGAGGGCAGUACCUCGCCCUCCUCCAUAUUUGGAAGCUGGCUUCAUGAAUGAACAGAACUUCCCAGCAGUGCUGUGACAAGAGCUAGUAUGGACUUCAAGACGGGGGCAGAGGUCACUGAGGUCACUGCCACUUCUGGGAGUAUUCACUUCGCUGUUGGCACAGCCGUUAACACCAAAAAGGGGAACAUUGGAAACCUCCUGAAGGAUGUAAUUGUUACCCAUAGAACUAUAAACCAGAGCACUUAAAACAGGAUCUUAUGGCAUUG